CCCGAAGCCAACAUCCAAUCCUCUUCUUUCAUUGAAGUUGUACAAGGCACCAUUUAAAAGCGCGUCACCUACAACACAAGCCCAGCAGCUUCACGUUACUGUACAACACGGGACGAGCACGUGCCACAUGUAAACGUCGCUUUUACGCACGGGACACAGUCACAAAAAUGGCCGUGCUGAAUCAUUUUACGACAGUUUGUCUGAAGAAUCGUCUGAAUAAGCAUCUGGUGGUCACACUGCGGGCUUUGCACAAGUCGGCGGCCGGCGAGGCUUUUGGGAUCCCAGCGUCAGCAGAAGAAGACAGCGUGUCUCCCGGUCUCAUCACAGCGGCUCAGCUCGCAGCCAAAACCACAAGAGUCAAGAGUUUGAAAGAGAUGCCCGGACCCAGCACCACGUCAAACCUCGUCGAGUUCUUCUGGAGGGACGGUUUUAGUAGAAUUCAUGAAAUUCAGAUGGAGCACAGCAAGAAGUAUGGAAAAAUUUUCAAAUCCCGUUUUGGACCUCAACUGGUGGUCUCUAUCGCUGGUCGUGAUCUGGUGGCUGAGGUGCUCAGGGCUGAAGGUGUAGCCCCUCAAAGAGCCAACAUGGAGUCUUGGAAAGAGUACAGAGACAUUAGGGGACAUUCAACAGGCCUCAUCUCAGCGGAAGGACAGCAUUGGCUGAAAAUGCGAAGUGUCCUUAGACAGCUCAUCAUGCGCCCACGUGAUGUGGCAGUCUUCUCCAAUGAUAUUAACAAAGUGGUAGACGACCUGAUCAAGAGAGUUUGUAUUGUACGCAGCCAGGAGGUGGAUGGAGUAACUGUAGUCAACAUUAAUGACCUCUUCUUCAAAUAUGCCAUGGAAGGAAUAGCAGCCAUUUUGUAUGAGUGUCGUUUAGGCUGUUUGGAAAAUGAGAUUCCUCUAGAAACUCAAAACUACAUCAGUGCACUACACCUCAUGUUCAGUUCCUUCAAGACCACCAUGUAUGCUGGAGCCAUCCCCAAGUGGUUGCGGCCCAUCAUCCCCAAACCCUGGGAGGAGUUCUGCUUCUCCUGGGAUGGCCUCUUCAAAUUCAGUGUUAUUCACAUUGAUAAGAGGCUUGGUGAGAUCAAGGCCCAGCUGGAGCGAGGAGAGGAGGUGAAGGGAGGACUGCUCACACACAUGCUUGUCACGAAGGAGAUGAGCAUGGAGGAAAUCUAUGCCAAUGCAACAGAGAUGCUACUUGCAGGGGUUGACACGACAUCCUUCACACUGUCAUGGGCCAGCUACCUGUUAGCACGGCACCCUCAAAUCCAAGAGCAAAUAUAUAUGGAGGUGGUGAGGACUUUGGGACCUCGAGCUGUCGCUGUGGCUGAAGACAUACCUCGCCUGCCUCUUAUCAGGGGCCUGGUCAAAGAGACUCUCAGGCUUUUUCCGGUUCUCCCAGGCAACGGACGGAUUACCCAGGAUGACUUGGUGGUGGGCGGAUACUACAUCCCCAAAGGGACUCAGUUGGCUCUGUGUCACUACUCAACUUCCUUGGACGAGGAGAACUUUUCUGAUGCUUUAGACUUCCGACCAGAUCGUUGGAUAAGGAAAGAUUCCUCAGACCGCGUUGACAACUUUGGCUCCAUUCCCUUUGGCUAUGGUAUCAGGAGCUGCAUUGGCAGGAGAAUAGCUGAGUUAGAAAUGCAUCUAGUUCUGACCAGGCUCAUCCAAAGGUUUCACAUUGGCACGUCUCCUAUCACGGCUGAUGUGAAGGCCAAAACCCAUGGCCUUCUCUGCCCUGCAAGCUCUAUCCAUCUGCAGUUCAUUGACAGAAAAAAUUAGGUGAAAAUUUGUCUCUGUAAGGUCUACUGUACUGUACAUUUUUCAUGUUUUUUUUUUUUUCCUAUAAAGACUGCUUUCCACACGUCAUCCAAUGUUUUGUACUGAUGUUGUACUCGGGCAACAAAUGAAGGACACACAGCAUACUGGACCAAUAAUAUAAAGUCAAAUAGUGUAGCUGUUUUUAUGUUUUUCCCAUUUAAAUCAAACCAUUGCAGUUUGUUAGAGAUGCGACUCCUGUCAUUUAUCCUGUUACCUGUUAAAAACAAUAAUGAGUGCAAAAUGAACUGUAACCUUCAUAAUCACAUUGUACCCUUGAAAAAUCGCUGUUGUAUGUUAUAAAUUUGAGUACAUGUUUUCACAUACUGUAUACCGUUUUCUUGCAGGGUUUGACAAAGGCUUUCACAAUGACUGUUGAUGGUAAACAGUGAAUAUAUAAAAAAUUGACUGUUUUCAUAAGCAAUGCAUGUAAUUGUCUUAUUUUGCUGACUGUGUUCCAAACUACAUUUUUUUUAACCAAGUACCUAUAACUUUGAAUUCUUUUUAUAUUCAAAAAAAGUUUAAUCAGUGUACUGUAAUGUAUUUAUGUACUGUAUAUGAAAAAGAGACAGUUAUCUAAUUGAUUAAUAGAUGGAAGUUAUUUGUAAGAGUCACAACUGUGAACCAAAUAAAUUGUAGGAGGUUUA